CAGCCACAUCGCACGCACGCGUCGCCGCACUCCCGCGCAACACAUCGCGAACACUCGUCGCGCAUCAAGUGCUACCGUAAACUAAAUACAUCUGUGAUAGUGACAUGGUUUUGUGCUUUAAUUGGAUUCUGUGACGGUGAUACGGACCGGUGUGUGUGAGUGCAGCUGCAAGAGCGGUGAUGCGCCGCGAGCGCCGGCGAUCGACACAUGCAUGCCGCCCGCGCACCCGGUGUGGUUGUGAUGACAUGGUGGUGGGCGCUGGCGCUGCUAGCGCUGUCUGCGCCCGCCCGCCCCGCGCCUCGGGCGGGCAACGGUGAGCAAUUUUACAGUUACCAAAUGUCACGCAAAUCGUGCGUGGCGGGUGGCGCGCGCGGCGCGUGCAUGUGGGUGCAGGAGUGCAACAGAGUCGGGGGAACACAUGCAGGAGUAUGCGUCGACGGGUUCAUGUUCGGCUCCUGCUGUCGGCUGCCAGACAAACCUGUGCAUGUGGAAGAACCUGCACCUCCAGUCACAGUCACUGAAAAGACGUAUACAACGCCAUCUAGUACGGCACACACUACAACACAAACGCCAGAGACAUCAACGCAAACCAUCUCGCGGCCGAACUGGCAAACUCAGCGGCCGUCGUUCAUGACCAAACCGAUAGAUGGGGCACCCACGUCUUACAGCUACCGGCCGCCAGAAAUAAACUUACCUUCAUUAGGAAAUUUAGAUUCAAGUAGCGAACAAAAUAGUGAUAUAGUUAAUAAAAUACCUUAUAACAGUGUAAAUAAAUACCAAAAUGUAAAUAGGCCGAACAGUGAAGCGGAAACUAGUCCCCACAAUAAGAUUUCGUCUAGUCUUAGCAUAUUAUCUGGAGCGCGGCCGAUGGCCGUGUCGGAGCAACAUGCUGAUAACAGCAUCAACUCAGGUCAAUACAUAUCAAGACCUAGCAACCUGAACACGAUCCACUGGCAGGCGACUACAGAGCCAACAUUCAUCACGAAGCCUCGACCUUCCUGGGAGAAGCCAGCGGGCAAGCCGAAGCCGACGAAGAAGUUCACUACCACGACGAGCAAACCACAUAAGAACUAUAUCAAACCGAAGGAUCCAGCGUCCAAUAUGAUUAACAGGACCGAAGAGUCUACAUCAUCACCGAUUCAGACAACGGCUGCUACUAACACUGUUGAAUGUGGUCUAACAGCAAUGUGGCCACGUCCAGAGUCGAGGAUCAUGGGUGGUAAAGACUCCAGCUUCGGUCGCUGGCCGUGGCAGGUGUCUGUGAGAAGAACCUCCUACUUCGGCUUCUCAUCCACGCACCGAUGUGGAGGUGCCAUUAUCAACGAGGGCUGGAUCGCCACUGCUGGCCAUUGUGUUGAUGAUCUCCUGACAUCACAAAUAAGGAUCAGAGUUGGCGAAUAUGACUUCUCAUCCGUGUCAGAAGAAUACCCAUUCGUAGAGAGCGGUGUAGCAAGAAAAGCAGUACAUCCAAAAUAUAAUUACUAUACUUAUGAGUAUGAUUUGGCUCUGGUGAAGCUGGAGGCUCCAGUUCAGUUUGCUCCUCAUAUAUCUCCUAUAUGUCUACCAGCGACAGAUGACCUGUUAGUAGGAGAGAAUGCUACUGUCACUGGAUGGGGAAGAUUGUCUGAAGGUGGUGUACUGCCGUCGGUUCUUCAAGAGGUGCAAGUACCCAUAGUAUCGAACGAGCGAUGUAAGUCAAUGUUCCUGAGAGCUGGCAGACACGAGUUCAUUCCAGACAUCUUUCUAUGUGCCGGCCACGAGAGGGGUGGCCAUGACUCCUGCCAGGGAGAUUCUGGGGGACCUUUGCAGGUCAAAGGCAAAGAUCAAAAAUAUUUCCUAGCUGGAAUCAUCAGUUGGGGUAUCGGAUGUGGCGAAGCGAACUUACCCGGAGUUUGCACCAGGAUAUCCAAGUUCGUUCCAUGGAUUCUUCAGACGGUCAAUUCUUAAACCAAAGCACUCGGUGCUCUAAAGUGGAAGGUGGAAUAAAGUGACAAAGUGAUGAACAGUGAAACAAAGACACGAAACGAAUUUGUGACAAGUGCAGAAUAAGUUACCUUCAAAAAUGUUGAUUGGAUUCAACGUUUUCUGAGGCGUUUAAUUAGGAAUAUCUCGCCAGGAGCUUGCAGAACUCGUGGUGGCGAGAUUCUGCAUCAACACCUUCACCGGAGCUCCAACAUGGUGAUAUUUUUAAGCUUCACAAUAAACGCCCUGAUGACUGCUUUGAGGUUGUACAACUCAUCAUGUGUACAUGAUGACGGUGAUCUUACUGCAUAUUCAAUGAUUUUGGAAACAGCAGAAGUGUGGAAUGUGUUAAACUCCAAUUAUGCACGUUCUAAGCUGAAAUUUACUUAGGGAGCGACCAAACGCAGGUAAUACGACGUUCCGUGAUGUGCCUUAGGCAAAUUGGAAUGGUAAAUGUUGGCAUUCUGUGUCGAAGUAGCUAUUCCUGCUUUUACGUCUAAAUGCUCAUUUGGUUUGUAGGCAUAAGUGAAUCAACAUCAGCUUCAUGAAUAUUUAUUAGUACUUUAUUGUGUACGAUUUAUUGACUUUUUUUUUCAAAUAUUGUUGUUUUAUUUUUUGGAAAUGACUUAUCGCAGAACUUUGAACAAGAAAUGUGUCUGCAUAUUUAGAGACAGUGAGAUCACCAUCAUCUAUGUACGACUACUUCGCCUUAUGCACUUGAAACAAUUCUAUGUAAAUACAAUCAAUUUUAAGAUCAUUUUUAUCUUUAUUAGUUUAAUUUAACCUAAGGCUCUGUAUGCUCAAAUGUGUAAAUAUACGUAUGUAUCUUGCCGUUUAAUUAAGGUUGUACUAAUAAUACAGUAUUAUUUACUUUCCCCAGCAUUUGCAAUGGAAUAACACGUUUUGUAAAUAUUACCCGUAUUUGUUCCAGUUCCUUAGAAACCAGAAUGUAUGUACAAUUCGAUGAUGGAGUGGGAUGUUUUGUGGAUAUUAUGGUGAUGAUAAUAAACAAUAUUAACUGCCUCAUAUAUUAACUCUUAUCUUCUUUGAGGUUUUACCAACUUGUACCAACCAAAUCAACCAAAGUCUUGAUUUCCUGGUCAUUAUUUUACUGACUUUUCGUUAACCUCUUCUAAAAUCAAACAACCCCUUAACUAAGAUAGACUUAACAUCGUUUUUGUUUGCACCAACCUAUAAGUGACACCUUACCGUACAAAUAAGGUGUUGGUGCUACGUCACGUUAAGUGACUUUUAGUUAAGGGACAGUUAUUGACAAUUGUGAUUAAGACACUGUUUAUUUAACUGACGUAUAUUUUGAUGCAUUUCGAGUAAUUAAAGAAUCGUCAAAUUAUCAGUCAGUAAGAGUGGCAGAAACGUAAUCAGACGUCAUGAAACUUAAUUAGAAAUUCACGCUAUUGGUUCUCGAAUGAACAGAUUUGUCUUCAGUACUUAAGUAAAAUGGAAUUCGAGAUACUUAUUGUAGUUUUAUGUUAACUUGUCACCAUAACUAUAAUCUCAGACUUUUAUCUUGACUUAAGCGUAAUUUUACUAUCAAUUUUUAUGUGCAACACACAUUUACGGCAAUACUAAUAAAGUGGUUUUGUAAAUACUUUCGAAAACAUUCUCACUUCGUACUCCAUCAUCUAAUUGUACAAUAACUUGGAAUUUGACACUUUUAUACGUAUAAUAGUUAUGAUAAAUAUAUUUUUGUAAAUUGAUAUUGAUUAACUUGUUAUAAACAAAGUGGACGAAUGUGAAUAUUACCAAAUCGCGCAUUGUUGUACUGCAUUUAGUAAAUGUCGACGCUCCAGUGAUGUUCGUUUCAUUUAGUUUGACUAUUGCGAUUUUAUUAAAUGAUAGUUUAUGAUGCCGUUGAUUGUUUUCACAAUAAUAUUAUUGUUAAUAAUUAUUAAA